AUGCCGAUUGUGCAUACGGACCAGCUGAGAGGAGGGUUGGACGACGAGGACCGGAGAAUAUAUCAUUAUUGGGUUAAUGAGGAGGCUGGGAGUAGUAAACUGGGGAGCAAAGGAGGAGUGGGAGGAGGAGGGAACGCUACAGCCGAAUCCAGGUAUCGAUGGAAGACCAAGUCCGACGACUUUGAAAUUGGCGUAUCGCGCUCCUCGGACUCGCUACCCUUGGGAGGAGGGCUCGUCAUCAGUACAAGCACCGGGUUGCUGGUGCCCGUCAUUGGUGUAAGUCUGGGAACGGUGUUUAGCACUAUCGGACUCACCCUAUCGACGUUCCUUGCUGGGUCGGCUGGGAGUGUGUUGACUGGUGCUGGAAUCCCUCGGAUAUCGUGGAUCAUGAGAACGCAAAACCCGCGCGUAGGCAAGGAAGGAAAUGACGAAGGUGGUGUAGAUGUAGAGAGUGGUGAGGAGGGUGUUAAGUGGAUUAUCGGGAAUCUGAUAAUGACAAUAUAA